AUGGGGCGGGGCCUCUGGGGGGCGUGUUCCCACGCGAACUCCCCGUUGGUCGCCGGACAUCACGUGCCCCCGCCGCCGCUUGAUUGGCGCGAGUGGUCCCGGGCAGGCAAACUUGGGACUUGGCCGCUGGGGACUGGCUUCGCUUUGGCGGAUAUCCGCACCAGUGGAAGGUCCGGAGGAGAGGAGGUGAGCCCGGUGCCGGGGGGCGAUGGCGGUGGCCGUAACAGCGUGCCGGUGCAGGAAGGGCGCACGGGGAGCCGGGACGUCAGAGGCACUGGGUGCCGGCGGCGCGGGCGGUCCACAUGCAGGAGGUUCAGGAACGAGGCUGGCCAGUUCAUCUCCAUGACGCAGAGAGCACCCUCGGAGGGCCAGGGCGCCUGCCGGCGAGGGCAGCUCCGUCGGCGGGACCGCAAGAGGAAAGUAACCGUCACCACUGAGGCGACCCUGUUUGAGAUGGUGGCCCUGGGGAAGCACUGUGUGCAGAUGGCCGUGGAGGAGUGGGUCCGUUCUUACGAGCGGGACAGGGAGCUGGCCCUGCUGGACCUCAUCAGCUUCUUCGUGCAGUGCUGCGGCUGCGAAGGGAUCGUGACGGCCGAGCUGUACCGGAGCAUCCCGGACAGCAGCGUGGUGCACAAGAUGACCGAGAAGUUUGACCAGGAGACCGGACUGUACUACAAGAAGUUUCUGGCGUACCCCUGGAUCCUGACCAUCCUGUGGCCAGAGAAACUGCAAAAUGACUUCUACCCCAUCGUGGGGCCGGGGCCCUUUUGGAAAAGGUUUAGGGUCAACUUCUGCGAGUUCACCGAGCUGCUGGUGCAGCAGACGCACUCCUCAGUGCUGUGUGAUGGGCACCUCAUGGACACGGUCAUCUGCAUGCUCAGCAGCCUCACCAGCUCGGCCGUGCACAGCCUGCGGCACACGAGCUCCCUGGCUGCCAUGAAGCUGCUGACAGCGCUGGCCGGCGUGAAGCAGGGCACCUGCACGAGCAAGUACAGGGGCCAGCGGCUGUGCGAGCUCCAGAGCGUCUCCAGAGUCAAGGGCAGACACAAGCACUCCGUGGAGCUGCUGGACCAGCCCACACAACAGCAGAACAGGCCGCUGACCAUUGACAACAUCAUCCGUGCGCUCUUUAAGAGGACAUUCGUGCCUCGCUACCGUGACGUCAGCUCGGACAUCCGAGUGAUCUGUGUGACGGAGCUCGGCUGCUGGAUCAAGCUCUACCCGGACCACUUUCUGGACGACAACUACCUGAAGUACAUCGGCUGGAUGUUGUACGACAAGGACGCGAGCGUGCGGAUGCAGUGCAUCCUUGCGCUGAAGGCGCUCUACGAGAAGCGAGAGUCGGCUAUGAAGUUGCGUGUCUUCUUCCAUAAGUUCAAGAAACGGAUCCUGUCGAUGACCCAGGACAGGCAGCCGGAGAUCAGGUCCGAGUGCAUGCAGCUCCUGCGGCUCGUAUCCGAGCACUACGUGGGCGUGUUCUCCUCCCUGGAGUACGUGUUCCUGUUCCAGUUCGUGUACUCCGCCUACAGACCCCUGGCGACGGCCGCGGGCGAGCUCAUCUGUAAGCGGCUCCUGGCUCCUCCGCCCCAAGAAGGUUUGGCCGCUCAGAACCCCCCUGAUGAGUUCGAGAGAAACCUGCAGAACAUGAAGACGCUCAUCGACUUCUACCUGCAGGGUGAGUUCCACAGACACAUCCCUUACCUGGUGGACGGCCUUUGGGACGCGGCGCCCACCCUGGUCCGAAACUGGGAAUGCAUGACGUCCCUGCUGCUGCGGCCACGCGGCAGGCGCCAAGGGCUGACGAGCCAGCAGGAGCAAGUGCUCAUCGAGAUCCUCGUGGCCGCCGUGCGACAGGCUGCAGAGGGUUGCCCGCCUACUGGCCGCGAGCUGAGCAAGAAAGCCGCCAGGGACAUGGACAGGACCCGCCGCUGGCGAGAGCAUGCCAACAUGAGCCGACACUUUGUCAAGGUGCUGCCCCAGCUGCUGUCCAAGUUUGCAGCGGACAAGGAGAAGGUGACCCCUCUCCUGCAGAUCCCACGGUACUGCAACCUGGACGUGUACGACAGGGACGGCCUGGGCUCGUACCUGGACUCAGCCCUCCUGGAGCUGGACUGCCUGGUGCAGCGUCACUCGGACAUGGCGGUGCUGGAGGCCUGUGCCCGUGCCUACGGCGCAUACUGUGACGAGGGGGGCUCCGCCCAUCGCCAGGCCACCCCUGCCUGCAGCCGCCUGGUGGACAUGCUGGUGGAUGCACUGACCCCGCUGCUGGACGUGUUCAUCCAACACGAGAAACAAGGCCAGGUCCUGGGACACCACGAGAUGGGUCGCAUGUGCUCCAUGCUGCGGAGGCUGGUGGCCUUCUACAGCACGCACGACCUGAGCAGCUGGAACCUGUACGAGAAGAUGGACAGUCUGCUGACCUUGCAGGGGCACCAGGGCAGCCUGCCCACCGAGGUCGUCCACUGUGCACUGCAGGGCACCUACUAUGCGCUCCUGUGGCAGAUCGCGGCAGCCACGGACCGGCUGCCGCCUCAGGCGGCGCUGCUGGACCUGCGCAGGCGGCUGAUGAAGUUCUGCGUGGCCUGCCGCGUGUACCUGAGCCACCAGAGCAAGGUGCUGAGCGGGAAGGCCUUUAUCCUGCUCUGCGACCUGCUUCUCAUCCUGAGCCACCAGGGCCCCGAGGACGACGCGGGCCUGGGGCUGCUGUUCUUCGUGCCCGACCAGCUCCUGCAGGCCAGGCUGCUCGCCUUCCUCAGGGAGCACGUGUUCCUGGAGGAGUCGGGACCCGAAGGUCCCAGCAGGGUUUACAAGGAGGAGGACUCGGAGGAGCUGCACGAGCUGUUCCACAGGAGGAACAUGCUGGCCGUGUUCUGUAAGCUGGUCGUCUACAACGUGCUGGACAUGAGCGCGGCCGCCGAGGUCUACCAGUUCUACCUGAAGCACUACCAUCACUUUGGUGACAUCCUCAAGGAGACCAUGACCAGGACGAGGCAGAACGACAGGCUUCGCAACGCGCUGUCCCUGCUCCUGUGUCUGCAGCAGCUGUUCCAGAAGCACAUGGACACGUGUGGUCUGAGCUACGACCCCAUCGGGUUCAUCUGCGGCCCCUUCUACUCCAUCCGGCUGCUGGCCCGCCGCUUUGCGCUCACGCUCGGCUUUGACUGCGCCCCGGAAGCCGCGCACCUGAUCCAUAGGCGCGGGCUGGCCUACGCCUUCUCCGAGGCCCCAGUGGCGGAAGAGGAGGAGGGGGACCGCCAGCGCUUCCCAAACCUCAGCUUCCUGCUCCUGCUGGCCGAGUUCUCCUGCAAGAUCCCGCUGGCCGAGCGGGGGGCCGCACUCGCUCACUUCCAGGACUCCAUACCUGAGGGCAUGCCUAGGUUUGGGGACGGGGACAUGAACCCCUUGCUCGUGUACCGCAAGUCCUUGACGAAGACCGAUGAUGCGGCUCAGGGGGAGGAGGAGCCCGCUGCCGCCAACCCUUUCGAUGCCAUAUGCAAAGAGAGCAAGCGGCAGCAAGAGCUGCCCGUGGCGACCUGCUCCACCUGGACCCCGGACACGUUGGCCAGCUCCGCUGCAGGGGACCCAGAGCCGAGAACCUCGUCCAGCAGCCCCAACUCCAAGAGGGACAUCUUUGACGUGGACUUCCUGUCAGAGGAUUCGGAGAACUCCUCCAAUGAGGACGUGGACGUGGAGGGCAUCUCUGUGCAGGGAGAGUCUGGCUGAAGAGGACGUUGCCCCCCCUCAGGAGCUCUCCCUCCAUUGCUGUGUUCUGUCCCCAUGGCCACCUGUUCCCGGGGAUGGGGAGCCAGUGGCCUCCGUGUCUGGCUGACCCAGGCCUUCCCCGUGGUGACCCCACCAUCUGCACCAGUGGAUCCGAACCCCCAGAUGCUGGGAAAGGGCUGCAUGACCGCUAACUGGGACCUUGGGGUGCUCACCCACCCAGGUGCCUACUGGCUUGCAGCUUUCUCUCCAGGCAGCUGUUGUGUGUGGCUGGAAAUUCCAGAACCAGCUUUGUUCUCUGCCAUGGAGCAUGGCGCUGGCUCCCUUGUCCUCGGUCCUAUGUGCUGUGGCUCUGGGUGGCCACCAGCUGCUCUCAUCCCAGCCCCGUGCCCCGAGUCCACUCAGCACGUGGACAGGACAAGGGCCUGGGCCGGACGCCUCUGUGCCACGCUCCCCCGGACACGCAAGGUGGGGCACUCUGCCCCUCAAUUCUCAUGUUGGUGCCAAACCACAGACUCUUCCCGGCCGUUGUGCGGAGGGGGACGGCCCCGUGCUCGUCCUGCGCGUGUGCGGCGGGCCCUGGCCUGGAGGCCUGGGUGGGACGUCUCGGCCCCUCCCGUCUCCAGACUCUGGAAGCGGCUGUGGGAACACACAGCCCCUGGCCGUGGGGUCCAGCGCACAGGUGGCUCACCUGCAGGCCUUGCGGGGACAGCUACCUGCUCCGAGCCUGUGACCCUCGGCCAGGCUUUCCAUCCCGAGAGCCGUUCAUGCAGGUGGGUCUCCCAUGGGGACACGGUCCUCUGCCCCCACCUGUUUAUGCCCCGUGACCUGUGUGUGCUGUGUCCGUGUCCUGGGCUGGGCCCGCCAAGCCCGGCACAGGAAAUCUGUAACGUCUUUAUUUGAAAAUACAAAUGUGAUCUCGUAAAACGUUUUUAAACUGCUAUACACGCCAAAUAAAAGUUACCUUUACACGUUCUGUACA